UAUAUUAUAUUAUCUGUUUAUGGCGCAUAAUCAGAAACACCCACCGCCUCAAGUUAGAAAUCAACUAUGGACUCGCCUUUUCCAUUUUCAGACAGAACCAUGAUCAUCAUACUAUGCCUACUAGCACCGCUCGUCUAUUUGUUUUGGAUAUCAACGAAAGCAUCCAUAAAGAAGAGACUCCCCCCAGAAGCCGCCGGUGGAUGGCCUGUUAUUGGCCACCUUCGUCUCUUAGCGGGAUCACAACCACCUCACAUAGUCCUCGGAAACUUGGCCGACCAGAUGGGACCACUGUUCACUAUCAAGCUUGGUGUGCAUCGCAAUUUGGUAGUCAACAGUUGGGAGCUGGCAAGGGAAUGCUUUACCACGAACGACAAAGCAUUUGCCGGUCGUCCUAAAUCUCUUGCCAUGGAAAUAUUGGGCUAUAACUAUUCAAUGUUUGGCACUAGCCAAUAUGGAGACUACUGGCGACAAAUACGCAAGAUUGUCAGCCUUGAGGUUCUCUCCAAUCAUCGGCUACAGAUGCUUAAACAUGUGCGUGAGGCUGAGGUUAGAACAGCCAUUGAAGAUUUAUACCAGCAAUGGAUGAAGAACAAAAAUAAUUCGGACAAACUUUUGGCGGAGAUGAAGAGAUGGUUUUCAAACGUAGCUCUAAACGUGGUGUUCAAGAUAAUUGUAGGGAAGAGAUUUGUAAAUUCUGAAAAAGGCGAAGAUGGUAGAGAGAGUGAUGAUGAAUGGAGAUCUGCACUGAGAGAUUUUUUCAAAUUGAUAGGGAAGUUUGUUGUGUCAGAUGCGUUUCCAUUCCUGAGGAGGCUGGAUCUUGGUGGGGAUGAGAAGGAGAUGAAGAAGACUGCUAAAGAGCUAGACAAUAUAGUUGAAGGAUGGUUACAAGAACAUAAGCAGAAGAGAGCUUCAGGCAAGGCAUAUAAGGGAGGAGAAGCAGACUUCAUGGAUGUGUUACUGUCAAUCCUGGAAGACGCAGAAGAGCUUUCUGGCCAAGAUGUUGAUAUUAUCAACAAAUCUACCUGCCUGGCUCUAAUCUUAGGAGCUUCAGACACAACAACGGUGACACUAACUUGGGCUUUUUCAUUACUACUCAACAAUCGCCAUGUCCUAAAGAAAGCACAACAAGAAUUAGACAUCGUUGUCGGUAGAGAAAGGCAAGUGAAUGAAUCAGACAUGAAGGAUUUGGUUUACCUUCAAGCCAUCAUCAAAGAAACGUUCAGGUUGUAUCCUGCUGCUCCAUUAUCAGUGCCACAUGAAUCCAUAGAAGACUGCAGUGUAGGAGGUUAUCACAUUCCAGCAGGCACACGCCUCAUUGUAAAUCUUUCAAAACUUCAUAGAGAUUCACGUGUGUGGGUGAAUCCUUCAGAGUUUAAACCAGAGAGGUUCCUUACAACCCACAAGGAUAUUGAUUUCAAGGGCCAGAAUUUUGAGCUGAUACCAUUUGGCAGUGGAAGAAGAAUGUGUCCUGCAGUCUCAUUUGCUUCUCAAGUUGUGAACCUCACGCUUGCUACUCUGCUACAUUCUUUUGAAAUUGAAACUCCAUCAGGCCAACCAGUUGAUAUGAGUGAGAGCGCUGGAAUGACCAAUCUCAAAGCCACCCCUCUGGCUGUUCUCCUUAUGCCGCGCCUUCCUCCUGCCCUUUAUACUGCUCCACCUGAACUGUGACUGUGUUAGCCAAUCUAUGCUAUAUUUUUCUUUAUUGAUUUACCAGUAUCCUUUUAUCUCUGCUUUUACGGCCAUGGGAGGACGAAUCCCUUUGGAAUCGGUAACUCCCCCUACCAACAGUGUAUUCUCCAAUAUCACUACCCUUAAUGACUGUAAGUUAUAUUUUCUUUAAGAAAAUAUUUAUACAAUUACUUUACUUA